AUGCGAAGUCUGGCGGUAGACACGCAGCGGUCCCUGGAGAAACUGGGGACUCCUCGACAAACGUCGGAUGACCAACGCCGGUUUCUGACCAAGGUCGCCAUUAACUACCAGCAGGAUGUGUCGAAUGCUCUGAAGGGCAUAUAUUCGCCCAAGUUGAGAGAGAGAAGCCCGCGUCGACUGAGGAUGCAUCUCCGAAGACUGACUGAUGAGUUUGCCGCCCGGAUGAGGUACGGUCAUCUCAUGCCAUUCCAAACGGUCAGUGGUGAAAUCGACCCAGAGUACGCGAGCCCUGGUGGUCGCGAUCAUCAGACACCGGUCCAAUAUUUGAUUCGCAAGUUGUACCGUGAGUCCCAGGGAGCCGAACUCCCCGGCACCUUCAACCCGGCACUUCUGGAGACAUUGUUCCGCGAGCUGUCGAGAAAGUGGAAGGACAUCGCGAUGGAAUAUAUCCGUCACGUCAGUGAAACGGUGACUAUUUACCACACAAGCGCCCUGGAGGAGUUCAUCUCCGACACGGACGAUGAUGUGCGGCGAAAAUUAAGCAGCCGGCUAGACCCGCACCAGCGUGCGGCGGAAGAUAAGGCACUUCAAGAACUGCGCAACCUCAUGAAGGACGAACAGGGCGGAGUUCUUCAGACGGUGGAUCCUACAUUCGCAGAAACUCUGGCGCAGACGCGGCAGGAGCGUGCCCUUGCUCGACUCGCUUCGAUGGGACUGGGGCCCCGACAGUGUGAGGGAGACGAAGACCAGGUCAAACCCCAGAUAACAAUGGAGCAGGGCCGACUCAGCAACGAGGAUCAGGUGGUGAAUGAUAUCCACGACAUCCUCAAGGCGUACUACAAGGUAGCACUGCGGCGGUUCACGGACAACGUGGUGCUGCAGGCUAUCGGACGGCACUUCCUGGGCGACAAAAGCCCGUUGAAGGCCUUUUCUCCGGAAUUGGUCAGCGGGCUUUCUGAAGCGGAACUGGGCGAUCUUGCAGGGGAGAAUUCGACGACGCUGGCGACUCGGGUGGAGCUGGGGUAUCGGGCUGAACGGCUGCAGCGAGGGCUGGAGAUAGCGAGACAGGCAGGUAUUUGA